AUGGUAUUAUUAAGAGAAUAUAGAAUACCAUUACCAAUUUCAGUAGAGGAAUACAAGGUAGCACAAUUAUAUAUGGUUGCAAAAGUUAGUCGUAAUAGUACAUCACAUGGAGAAGGUGUAGAAAUUGUAGAGAAUAGACCAUUUAAUGAUGGAGCAUUAUCAGGACAAUUUACACAUAAAAUAUUUCAUCUUGGUAGUCGAUUACCAACUUGGAUGAGAUCAUUUGCACCAUCUGCAUUACAAAUUGAAGAAAAGGCUUGGAAUGCUUAUCCUUAUUGUAAAACUUAUUAUACUUGUCCAUUAUUAGGUGAUAGAUUUUCAUUAUCAAUCGAAACUAGAUAUGCACCAGAUUCUGGUACUCAAUCAAAUUGUUUAGGAUUAUCAAAAGAAGAUUUGAGUAUUAGAGAAAUUGAUAUAAUUGAUAUAGCAAGAGAUCCAGUUGAUCCAUUAAAAUACAAGGUUGAAGAGGAUCCAACCAUAUUCCAGUCACAAAAGACUGGUAGAGGCAAAUUGGAACAAAACUGGAUGAGUACCUCUUCGCCCAUCAUGUGUAGUUAUAAAGUUUGUAAAGUUGAAUUUAGAUGUUGGGGCAUUCAAUCACGAGUAGAACAAUACAUUCAAAAGAAUGCCAUCAGAGAUAUUUUGUUUAUGGGUCAUCGUCAAGUAUUUUGUUGGAUCGAUGAAUGGUUUGGUAUGGAUAUGAAUGAUAUUCGAAAAAUGGAAGAACAAGUUAAAUUGGAAUUAAAACAACAAUUACAACAACAACAAAUUCAAAAAAAUAAAAGUAAUAGUAAUAAUAAUAAUACUACUUUUAAUAAUAAUAAUAUAACUCAAGGUAAUGAUGAUGAUGAACAAGGAGAGUCUUCACAACAAUCAUCAUCAUCAUCAUCAACACUAUUACCUCCACCUAUACCUCCACCACCUCCUCCUCCUCCUCCUCCUACAAUAAUAAGAUCAACAAACAACAAUACUAAUAAUAAUAAUCAAACAACUGUAAAUAACUCUUCUUCUCCUUCUUCUUCACCUUCUACUUCUCCAUAUUUUGAUAAUAAUUUAAAUGAAAUUGUAAUAUCAUUAAAAAGAAUGAUGAUAGUUGAUAUAAAUUCAUUUGCAGUUACAUUUACAUUAAUAGUUGGACUUGCUGUUGUUGGAUUUAUCAAUUUGGCAAGUCAUUCAUUGUUGUGGAUGUGUGCAAUGGUUGCACUUUUUGUAACUCUAUUUCAAGUAUGGUUUGCUAUUCGAGAAAAUCGUCUUCUUUUGGCACCAAAUAAUAUGACCUAUCCUGGUAAUCAUCAUUCUAUUUGGGGUGUAAAUAGAUAUCACAACAAUAGUAAUCAUAAUAAUAAUAAUGGAAAUGUUCAUAAUGGAUCAUUUGUUCAACCAUUAAAUAAUCGUUUUCCUCAUUUAAUUAAUGCUCCUUUAAAUUUACAAUUAACUUUAAUUGAUAGAGAUUUUAAUUCAAAUGAUUAUGAAAUGUUAUUAGCAUUGGAUCAAGAUAAUUUAAAUUAUGGAGCAGCAAAAAAAGAAGAAAUUGAAUCAUUACCAAUGCAUACAAUUAAAAGUGAUAAUGAUAUUGAACAUUUAUUUUCAGAUACGCAAUCCUCCUCACAACAACCUACUUCAUGUUCAAUAUGUUUAGAUGAAUUUGAAAUUGAUAAUCAUUUAAAAACAUUACCUUGUUUACAUCAUUUUCAUUCAGAAUGUAUUGAUAAAUGGUUAAAAAUUAAAGCCAAUUGUCCAAUUUGUAAAUCUUCCCUAACCUAA